GUUCCGCACGUGCCUCCGCAUUCCGCCACACAACGAACAAACUUAUCCCACUCCCUCCCCCCAAAAAAGACAUUCCAAAAGUUUCCGCGUCGAAACAAGUUCACCCCUUGCGAUCAGUGUACCCUGUACCCUCCAAGAUGACGGAUUCUGCAGCAACCGACGCCAUGAAAGCUCAUCGCAGCAAGGACUUCACGAUGCACAUAAGAUCUCAUAGCAGCGGCGAUUUUUCCAUGAACGAUGCCAGCGGGUUCAGCGAGUCGAUUGAGCCCGACAGUGUCAAUCGAAAGGAGCAACAAAGGUUGCGUCGAGAAACCGAGCAAACGUUGGCUGUACGAGAGAAUCGAGCCGUCGUUUGGUUGCGUUUCUUGGUCAUGUUCCUGCUGAUUGCGGUGGCAGCCUUGGUGUCUGCUGGAGUCUUCGUCUACACGAGGGCCAAGGAAAAGGACGAUUUUGAAGACGCCUUUUACAUUCACGCCGACCAAGUCACGGAUGCCUUUCGGUCCGCCGUCGAGAGAAAGUUGGUGGCCAUUGGGAGCUUGGCCAACGCCAUAACCACCUAUGCUUUGGACAGUGGAUCCGAGUUUCCGUUUGUCACCGUCUCCAACUUUGCCGUGAGAGGCUCCGAUGUACGUGUCCUCUCGGAUUCGUUGGUCAUUCAUUGGUGUCCCGUGGUGACAGAGGAAAAGCGGCCUGCUUGGGAAAACUAUACCAUGGAGAAUCGCUUCAAGAUCAAUGAGGGCUUUUCGCAGGAUCAGCAGCUCACCAAGGUACAAGAUGAGUACUUUCCCGACUUUAGGAGAUUUGACGACGAACAGCCCGAGGAAGACGGCUCGGGUCGUCGACAACUACCGCAGCAGCACGGAUUGGAUGCACCAGCCGAUGCCAAUGUUCUUCAGGAUGGAUCUGGUUUCCGACCAAGAAUCUGGAAUCCGCAGAAGAAUAGAACCGCGGAACCUGAUGGAACGGGACCAUACCUACCCUCCUGGCAGCGAACUCCGGUCAACAAGGGGAGACAGCAAUUGAUCAAUCUCAACUUUGUUCAUGCAAAAGUCUUUCAAGGCAUUGAUUUGCUAGGUACCUUGAUGGCUGACCCAAAAGUUAUCAUCAACCGAAUUUCAGUCCCUCUGCCCUCCUUCUUCCAGCAGGUAACGGCAAACAUCAAAGCCAGCCAGUAUCGAAACAAAGUUGACGAGUACCUCGAAGAUCCGCUCUCCUACCUUGCCUAUCCCGUGUUUGAUUCCUUCAAUGUCACCACCAGAAAGAUGGCGGGUGCUUUGAUCUCGAAUCUCUACUGGCGAAUGUACUUUCAAGGUGUUCUGCCAUCAAAUGCGCGAGGCAUUAUCUGCGUCUUAUCCAAUUCCUUUGGGCAAACCUUUAGCUACCGCCUCGAUGGACAUGAUGUCACCAUCCUCGGACAGGGAGACUACCACGACGAGAAGUACUCGGAAAUGAUGGCCUUUCAGGAUGUGACAGCAUUUGUCAAGGGCACGGCCAGUCCCGAGACACGGGGAUACCUCACGGUGCCGCUUCACCCCAGCUUUGGCCUCUACACGUUGCGAGUUUAUCCCAGUCAGGAUACGGAAGACGAGUACAGAACAAACAAGCCUGCUGUCUACACGAUGGCUGUUGUAUUCAUCUUCUUCGUCACUGCUUUGGUGUUCAUUGCGUUUGAGCGUUGUGUCCAGAUGAGACAGGAGAUUGUCAUGAGUCGCGCAGUGCAUACAGGUGCUAUUGUGAACUCGUUGUUCCCGCAGGAAGUCCAAUCGAGAAUGUACGAUGCAGCUGAACAUCAAAAUCAGAAAAGGGCAAAGAAUGUGUUGCGUCUGGGCUGGCUAUCAAGGGAAGGACUUGAAGCCUAUUGCAUGGAUGAUAGUAGCAGGGCAGGAGAUGGACAGCCAAUUGCCGACUGGUACAAAGAUGCAACAGUCAUGUUUGCUGACUUGAAAGGCUUCACGGCGUGGUCGGCUGAUCGCACACCACAUGAUGUCUUCCACCUACUGGAGUGUCUAUACAAUUCCUUCGAUGCAAUUGCUAUGAAACGUAAAGUGUUCAAGGUCGAAACGAUUGGAGACUGCUACUUGGCAGUAUGCGGUGUUCCCAAUUCUAACCCCAAGCAUGCCGUAGUGAUGACAAGGUUCUCAAAUGACUGCCUCACAAAGAUGGUGGAAGUAGUGAAAUCCCUUGCUUCUCGCUUGGGCCCAGAGACAAAAAAUCUCCAGCUCAGAGUCGGCUUGCAUAGCGGCCCAGUUACUGCUGGUGUGCUUCGUGGGCAGAGAUGCAGGUUCCAGCUCUUUGGAGAUACAGUCAACACCGCAAGCCGAAUCGAGACUACAGGUCAAGGCGGGAGAAUCCAUCUAUCAGAAUGCACAGCGGAGGAGCUCCGAGCCUUUGGGAAGGGUUCGUGGCUUGAGCGGAGGGACACUUUGGUGGCAGCCAAGGGAAAAGGGCAAUUACAGACCUAUUGGGCAAAUGUAGCUUCCUCCGGAAACGAUUCUCAGUCGAGUGGUUUCAUGGCCUUUGAUGAGAACCUUGAUCUCUCAUCGAAUCCGUUUGAUGUUGAGCCCGAGAGUCAGGAUCCCGAUACCAGUACUACCAAGAAUCUAGAAGAACAAAUAUGCAUCCCAGAAACAGCUCCCAUGAACUCAUCGCCCGUUAUUGGUCCUGAUCUGCAAAGCCCGCAUGAUCGAAUUUUGGCUGAGCCUGGCUCAGUCCAAAGCGCACUGACAAAUUCGGUCGGUGAAGAGCACGAGGGCACCCCAGAAAAUACGUCGGAGCCAGAAAAUCUCACUGACACCGAGCUGCGAAGCCACGUUGUGUCGGUUUGAAGAACGCCCCCUUUGUGUUCAACCAUACCGGUUUUCACAUUGGUUGUUGAGACCGUCUGCCAAGCAAAAGAAAAAGGCUUUUAAAAAAGAGCAUCGCCACCGUGGCUAGCAACUGCAAUAGCAACCUCUUAGCUAGAAUGCUGAUACAAACUGUAGCUCGAAAUAGAAACUGUUGUAAAGUGUGUGGAAAGGUUCCAAGC